AUGGAUCCAAACUCAGUCAAGCCCUCUCCUGCUCAACAAACACCUAAUGUAGAAGAGCCCACUACAUGUCGAGAAUGUCGACGCCGCAAAGUGAAAUGCGAUGGUGUUAUGCCCGUCUGCUCAAUCUGCCGAAAGUACAGAAGACAUUGCCUCUACGACAAGCACAGUAGAACCCGCUUAACCCGAAGACAACUCACCCUCCUGGAGGAGCGUCUUGAGAAGGCUGAAACAGUCUUGAGGCGACAUUACACUGAUGGCCAGAUUGCUGAAAUGCUAGAAGGUCCAAAAGAAGGACUAGUAACUCAGAAUCAACAAGUACCAGCAGCGACACCAUCAACUGCACCUGAAUCGGCACCAACCCCAGCACUAACCUUAGGAGCAACACCGGGGUUAGUCAGCUUGCCAAAUACAACCCCGACCCCAGGCAAUGUGGACAACCUUCUACAGCUGCCAAACCAGACACCUGACUCUAGUCUUUAUAUGACAGGCACAGGAAACGCAGGAACAUUCACCACAGAUCCCUUGCUUCUCGCACCCAUUGGCGAGUUAGAUGCUGCCCCUGGACUAUGGACUGCGUCACAAGACACAGCAUUCGAGGCAACUCCAUCUCCAGCUGACAACUUUGAGUGGAACGAACAGGAGACUUCAUGGGGAACAUAUGAUCCCGCCAGCUGGUCUAUAACAAGCCAUGUUGACGGGAACCCUCAAGCUAUCAUGGACGGCAUGGCCUCUCUGACCAUUGGUGAUCAAAAGAGAGGUUAUUAUGGAGCUGCUUCUGGAUCCGCUCUCUUGCGUCAGAUCCUAUCUGCCCGUCCAGAUGGAGAAGAAGUUGACGCCGAAGUGGCACUACAUGAGAUUGAGUCUCUGUUUCAACAACAUUCAGAUCACUCACAAUGGUUUCGUUCUCAAGCCAUGCUGACCCGAGUCGCUGUCGAAAACCUCAUCGAUGCCUUCUUUGUUUUCUAUCAUCCCACGUUUCCUAUCGUGCAUGAGCCCACUUUUCGAGCGCAGUAUGCGGGCACGUUGCCUUGUGCCAACAAAGGUCACUGGAACACGCUGGCAAACAUUCUUGCAGCUUUAGGAUCAUUUGCGAGCAGUAAUGUCGCCGAUGCUACUGACCUACCGAUCUUCCAAGCCGCACAAAAGAGCCUGUUUUCCAACUACCUCGAGGUUGGAAAUCUGACUCUUGUGCAAGCUUUCAGCUUGUCAUCGAACUACAUGCAGAAACGAAAUAAGCCCAACACCGGUUUCAACUAUGGUGGCCUGGCUAUUCGACUAGCUAUCGGUCUUGGACUUCACAAGGACUUGGAAGGAAACAAUCUUUCUCCUUUACAGACAGAGACUCGACGUAGAAUAUGGUGGUGUCUAUGUGUGCUUGAUGUUGGUGCCACCAUCACCUACGGCAGACCCUUGAACUGGCCCCAGGCUGGUGUCGAGACUGCUUUCCCUCUGAAUAUCCACGAAAAGGAUCUAACCCAGGACUCUACUCACUGCCCACCCGAAGUCGAGGGUAUCACGAUGUACACAUAUAUCCGGGUUCAGUCAGCCUAUCAUCUUAGCACAAUGACCGUUUACAACCGCCUUAUCACCAGCCCCUUCCCGUCCGCCACGGAGCUGAUAACUCUGGAUGAUGUCUGCAUCGGCUCUUGGUUGGCCCAAGUACCAUAUUAUUAUCUUGCCGUUCCCCCCCCAGACUCUGAGUUUGCCUUGGGCAUGGGUAUUUCCGAGUGGCGUUACAGAAACCUCAGGAUCGUCAUGUAUCGCCCGUUCUUGGUCCGCUGGGCACGAUCAUCCGCACAGAACGCCCAGCAAAACUUGACAAGUAGUGAGAACCUGGCUGUUUUCAGAUGCCUCGAUGCGGCGAAAGAAUCAAUCACACAUAUCCAAGGUUACUGGACAUCUCGAUCGCAUUCAAGGCUCGCAGCCUUUUAUAUCCUGUAUUUCUUAUUCCAUGCUACACUAAUUCCCGUUCACUGCUUGAGGCAGAACCCUCAUCACGCGCUAGCACCCGACUGGCGCUCGCAGAUCCAGGCCUCUCUAUCAAUCAUGGGUGCCAUGGCAGAACUCAACCCCAACAGCUCAAAGUGCCGCGAUAUCACUCUCAAGCUGUGCUGGCCACACUUGGAUGAAGAGGGAGCCCGCACAUACUGCGACAACGCCCCGUUCGUGCCAAGUGUAGGAGAAAGCGAGGCAGCUUCGAUAAUCAACGGUUAUAAUACAUGGUGCGAGUCAAUGACCAACGCCGGGAUAUCGGUACCAUAUGACUGGGCGGAUGACAACGACUCGGCUCUCGGGUUCUUUUGA